AUGGAGCAACUCGAGGACGAACCGCUACGAAGCUACCUGAACAGAUUCAAAGCACGCUGCUCGACCUUGACGAGACCCGGGAGACCCCCAAUCGCAGAACCGCUCAUCCAAGCCCUCGGAAACGGACUUCGACAUCCCGCAGCUACGGACCCCGAAGACCUCGGAAGAAACAAGAGAAAGUCAUCAUCCUCUCGCCCGGAGAAGUCCACGCAUAAAGCACCAAGAUGCCAUCACGAAUCUCUCCCUCGCCGAGACGAUACCCUGUCUACGAUGACGAGACCAGGAGAAAAUGGAGAAUCGCGCGAAGACUGA